GUUUAGAUUGUUUCCCUUGAUCAAAGUGUUUCGGCAAACCUUGUAAGGGUGGCAGGGGGAAUGGGCGGGGCCAGCCGGGAUCAGCAACAGGUUCAGCCAGAUCGAUAUGUGCGGGAUGCUGGCGCAUGCGCACAACACACUGCAUACACAAUGCGCUCUCUGGUGUUGCUCUGGCUGUCAUUACUAACUCCAGAAGGUGAAUGCGACCUCCUCCGUGACAGCGUCCACGUGACGUCAGCCGCCGCGAGGCCCAACAACGACCUGUGGUGCUACAAGUGCCUGGCAGAGGUGCCGGAGGACAAGUGCGCUGACCUGCGCCACAACAACUCGGCGCUCAUCAGCAAGUGCCACAACGACCGGCCCAUGUGCAUGGUCAAGCGCUUCUCCUACACAACAUCUAAUGAAAACUCCACGACAGACCUCAAGAUGUGGGCGCUCGAGCGGAACUGCACCAAGCACUGCGAACCGGGCUGCAUCAUCAUCGGAGAACGAACGAAACUAUACGCCUGCACGUCAUGCUGCUCUACUUCUCUAUGCAACUACGGCUCCAGUGCCAGCAGAGGAACUCUCCAGCUAAAGCUGCUAUCCGUAAUACUGCUUGUUAUCGCGGUGAUCACCAGACUAACAUUAUGAUCAAUCCAUAUCUAAACAAUUGUUGAUAUCGUCUGGCAAGCCAACCGAGUCAGUAGGGAAUUAUGGGAACAAAAAUGUAAGUGUGGUAGGUACCUAGUUUAGUGAGGCAUCAUAUUUAUAAAACAUCUAAACAUUGGAGAUUGAAGCCAAAAUGUCCACAAUCACGUAACAACUAAUACACACAACACAGUAUUCAUAAAACGCCACAAUUCACAGUAUAGGCCUCCUCUCAUAGAGGAGAUUGAGCCAUUGUUCACGGUUGGACGAUAGUCCCCAAGUUGGUCUGAUCCAGGCCGGGAAUUUCAUUAACACGCUAUACAACACAAACUUAGUCCGAUAAUUUGCACUUUAGAAAUGAAGGUGAACGGCGAUGUGAAAGAAAACUUUAUAUUACACAUUACCUAUUCUAUUUAUUUCUCAAGCACACAGAAAUGUUCAUGGUACUUAAACACCUACUAUAUUAAAUAUUCUAGUUAGUCCCAAAAUCAACAUGCUUUCUCUAGUCUUUUCACAAACUUAGUAUCAUAAAUAAUAAAAGUAGUUGUCAAGCACACAUGACACUUGACAGCAAAUAGCAUCUAGAAAUAUAUUGGAAAAUAGAACAACAGCGAUUUUUUUCUUUUCUUUUUUGACAUUCCAUAUUUCAUGUCAUCUUUCUCAAAAUAAGUCCAGCUUUUCCUGGUUUACCACUCCUUUUACAGCCUUCCACAUUAAGAGUGUCUAAGCUAUUAUUAUUGCAUCGACUUGAUUUACUUGAAUUGAUAUUUUAAACAUCAUAUUUUCAUAGAAAUUUGACAUUAAUGAUGACAUCCGCCACUUUGUUAUUGCAAAUGGCAUGCAGAGUUAGCUUGA